UUGUGUUGACAGUUGUGCGAAACAUUUCACGCAGUUAAAUACGAAAAGAAAAUCGCAAAUUAUCACACAGAAAAAAAAAAAAUAAAUCAGAAAUAAAGUAAAUUUAUACAUUCAUACACAACUAAAACAAAUUUGAAUACGAAGAAAAAAAAAACGCAGAAAAAUACAAAAAACAUUGUGAAUUUUAUUUUAUUCCUGCUGCUGAUGAGUGGUUUAUAUUUUCGUGUUGUUCACAAAAAAUAUUUGUUGUUUUUAUAAAAAGAUUCAUCGAACAAUUUAGAACAUUCAGUUGAAAACAGACCGUGGUGAUCAAAACAAGUGUUAAAUAAAUUCCAAAAAAUUUUAUAAAAAUUUUUCCAUAUAAUAAAUAAAUUUUGAAAAUUUUUAAAAGAAACUUUUUUUUUGUAAAAAUCAAGAAAAGAAAAUUAUUAUAAACAAACAAACCAACAUGUCUAACAAAUCAAUUUUAUAUAUUUAUGGUGUUAUUGCGAUCACAUUAAUAUCGAUUCAAUGCAUCACAGCCAACAUCAGUGAUAAUGAAGUCAAUGAUAUUCCUGAAACCUAUAUGGUUCAAGGUGUCAAAGUCUAUCAAGGUGAUCGUGAAUGCGUUUUAGUAGGUGGUUUGUGUGUACACAGCAGCGAUUGUAAUGAACCCACCAGCAACAAAGGAUUGUGUCCCUCAAAUGCCCAACGUGGUGUUGAAUGCUGUUAUGAAUUACCUGUAAGGCCAGGUCCCUGUAAAGAACAUUUGGGUGAAUGUAUGGAUCGUUGCCACAAAACUCUAAUGAGACCGGGUACAGACUGUGAAAAUGGUCAAAUAUGCUGUGUUUUAAUUUAAGUCUACAAAACAAUAUUAAUGAAAUGAAUUUAAGAAAGAA